GACAUGGACACCGAACCUGAGAUAAAGAAAGAGAAGAAGCAGCAUCAGCAUCCUUUCUACUGCAAUUUUUGUAGUCACUUCAAUGAAGUGUUGAUGUGAAUCACGGUUGUACAACAGAAGAGAGAGACAACACUUCCUGGUCAAAGUUUUCAAAUUUCUUUAGAGCUUGGGUUUUAUAUCCUUUAUUUUGGUCAUCUUUUUGAAGAUCACCUUUCCAUACCUCUUCUAAUGAGAAUGAGAGAGAUGGCCUCCCCUCUGGUACAAUGCAGUUGAAUGUAUUUGAAGGUUAUGGGCGAACCUGAAACCAUCUUACGCUAUGGAGAGGGACUUUUCAAUAUUUGCAAAAUCUCGUGUGCUUCUGCAUUAAACUUGCAGACUCAUUUCCUUGGAUUCAAACACAAGACGGUUGAAGAAGCUCUAAAAGCCCAUGGUAUUGUUAAAACUGUGGGUGGUAUAGGAGACCAGGCGAAAGCACCUAUAAAACUUCCUGAUUAUGUUCAAACUGAGCCAGAGAAGUUUCAAGGACAAACCUUGGAAGAACAGCUUAAUACAUGUAAAGAUUCAGAACCUGCACUUGGACUUGAAUAUAUAAUUGAAUACCGAUCAAAAGAGAAUCUCCUUGUUCUCUACGAGUGUCAGCUGUGCCACUGUCAAACCGGAUUGAGUAACAUGUUCAUGCAUGUUUAUGGCUCUAAACAUAGACUGGCAUAUCUGACAAAACAUUAUCCUGAGAUAGUGGAAUCUGAUGAAAUUAGAGGUCGAGGUUCAGAACUGAACAGAAGGCUUAAACAAGUUGCUGCAGUUAUUGAAAAGAAGGAGGGAAGAAAACAAAUAAAGGUUGUAACGGAUCCUCCUGUUAUGAAGAGAAAAUGGCAAGAAUAUGGCUACCAUUCAAAAGCUAAGGUUCAGCGUGUGUAUGCUUCAACUAGCAAUGAAGGAAAAGCAGAAGAUGAUGCUGAUAAGGAUAAACAGAUCACAGAUUCUACUCAAAAUUUACCUUCUCAAGAUGGAAAGGAUACUCAAGAUGAACAGGAAAAAAGCCAAAAAGAACAACCGAAACCAGCUGAAAAGCUAAAUGCUAACAAUGCUGAUGAAAGCAACAAAGCUGAUGAAAACAGCAAAGGCAACAAGACUGAGUGUGAUGACUGCAAACAAUCAAAAGGUGAAGACAAGGAAAUCCAGGAUAAAGAGAAAGAUGAUGAUGAAAUAAAAUCUGAAGAAUUCACUAGCCAUGAAGAACUACUAGGAUAUUUGCAAAGCUUUGAGAUAUUGAGUGAAGAUGAUGCAUCCUUUAUCCUAAAGGUUACACAAACUCUUACGAAUGCAUUGGUGGAGUAUCGGCAACAGGGUGCACCAACAAAUGACUCUUUAGAUUCUGAACCAAAUCAAGAAAAAACAAUUGAACAUUCCACAGAACAAUCUGAUGCGACUUCGGUGGAUAUUAGUGACUGUAACACCGGAUUUUCAGCAAAUUAUAUGUCAGACAGGAGGAAACAUCCUGCCCAACAACCAUAUGACAGCACAGCAGCAAAGUCUAAUGUUAGUGGAACAUUCAUGAGAAAGGAUUCACAAUCAGUGAACUUUUCAAAAAGCAAUGCUACAAAUUGGAAACGUGGAACUUUUCAAUCCACGUUUAAAGUAUUAAGUAAUGAAGAGUCCUUAGAGUCUGCUUCUGCUACUGAAGAGCAAUAUCCCUCCUCUUCUCAAAACAUGUCUAAUGAAAAGUUUUUAUCUGCUAUUGAGAGAGAUGCACCCCAAAACUCUUUAUCUGACUCUUUGAGAACAUCAUAUGAAAACGAUGUCACUACUGAAUUUUUCAAUAGUGUAAGAAAUAUGGAUGCUGCUGAGGUUACGGCUACUCUACAGAAAAUAGCAGCUACAAAUCCAGCCUUCAGAGGUAUUGACAUUCCAAAUGUGAUAAGGAUCUUGACUGAAAGUGGGACUCUUAGAGCACCAAACAGCAACAGUGUACAGUGAUAUGGGAAAACAAGAAGUGAUAUUAAUGUUGUAAUGUGUAAACUGAAAAUUUGUCACUUGUAUGCAAUUAAUUUUGGUGUGUUCAAACUCUGUACAGUGUUACUUGUUAUAUCUCCAGAGUAAUAGUUUGAUUUUGCAGAUUUGUGUGUUAUAUUUAUUUCUCCCAAUUGCUGGAAUUUCUGUAUUUGUGGAAAGAGACUGUAAUGUUGAUAAAAAAAAAAUAUUUUUU